GUGUCGAAAAAAACAGUGCAUUCAGGUCAGUUUUCGGUCUGGGCAACCGAUUGACCUGCGGCCGUGGGUCUUAUGAAUGGGCAGGUCAGGAAAAAGAUUGCAUAUAAAAUAAGCCGGCCACUCUGAUGCAACCAGCAAACGGAGUCAAGCAACCACACGGUCAUGAUGUGUCUCAUAGAGCAAAAGAAGGAAGUUAAGGAUAACUCCAAGGAGAAUCCUACCCAGCACUCGGUGGAUUCAUCACCGAAGUCACCCACCGCCGCAUACGCUAUGUUUUUGCAUCGUGAAGAGCUAAGAAGGAGAAAACUCCAUGUCUCUCGGGUUUCAGUCACCAAAAUUCACCUGACCAGCGAGCUGAUCGCUCAAACCAAGCAGAAUAUACGGCAGUGUAGCUUCGAGGAUCUGGAGAUUCUGGCCAGGGAGACGCUCUUCAAAAAGAAUCUGCAAAGAAAUCUUUACUAUCGACGCAUGCACAUCCAUCAACUGAUGUUAAGCAAGAAAAAACAGCAGGCAAAGGAGAAAAAGUGAAAUUAUGAACAAUGUUAUUUAGUAUAAGAAGUUCUUGUUAAGAACAGCAAAAGUGAUUUUUACAU